UGAACACUGAUAGAAAGAUAACAUCGGAGGCAAGAGGCCUUUUAACAGCUCUCUGAAAGUCAACUGCCUCCCCAGUGCAUUCCUUGCCCUGAAACUGUGUCCUUUGGCUGUGCUACAGGGUGAUGCCCAAGGUGCAUCACUUCUCAAGAACUGGAUCAUGAACAACUUUAUCCUCCUAGAAGAACAGCUCAUCAAGAAAUCGCAACAAAAGAGAAGAACUUCUCCCUCUAACUUUAAAGUCCGCUUCUUUGUUUUAACCAAAACCAGCCUGGCGUACUUUGAGAAUCGUCAUGGGAAAAAGCGCACAUUGAAGGGCUCCAUUGAACUCUCCCGAAUCAAAUGUGUUGAGAUUGUGAAAAGUGACAUUAGUAUCCCAUGCCACUAUAAAUAUCCAUUUCAGGUUGUGCAUGACAAUUACCUCCUGUAUGUGUUUGCUCCAGACCGUGAGAGCCGGCAGCGCUGGGUUCUGGCCCUUAAAGAAGAAACAAGGAACAAUAACAGUUUGGUACCCAUGUAUCAUCCUAACUUCUGGAUGGAUGGGAGGUGGAGGUGCUGUGCUCAGCUGGAGAAGCUCGCAGUGGGCUGUGCCCAGUACGAUCCAACCAAGAAUGCUUCAAAGAAGCCUCUUCCUCCUACUCCUGAAGACAACAGGCGAUCACUCCAGGAACCUGAAGAAACCCUUGUCAUUGCCUUGUAUGACUACCAAACGAACGACCCACAGGAACUUACGUUACAACGCAAUGAGGAAUACUACCUGCUGGACAGUUCCGAGAUUCACUGGUGGAGAGUGCAGGACAGGAAUGGGCAUGAAGGAUAUGUACCAAGCAGUUAUCUGGUGGAAAAGUCUCCAAAUAGCCUGGAAACCUAUGAGUGGUACAAUAAGAGUAUCAGCCGAGACAAAGCUGAAAAACUUCUUUUGGACACAGCCAAAGAAGGAGCCUUCAUGGUACGAGAUUCCAGGACUCCAGGAACUUACACCGUGUCUGUUUUCACUAAAGCCGCUGUAAGUGAGAACAACCCCUGUAUCAAGCAUUAUCACAUCAAGGAAACUAAUGAUAACCCCAAGCGAUAUUAUGUGGCUGAAAAGUAUGUGUUUGAUUCCAUCCCUCUCCUCAUCAAUUACCACCAGCACAAUGGAGGAGGUCUGGUCACUCGACUCCGGUAUCCAGUUUGUUCCUGGAGGCAGAAAGCCCCAGUCACAGCAGGACUGAGAUAUGGGAAAUGGGUGAUUGAUCCCUCAGAGCUCACUUUUGUACAGGAAAUUGGCAGUGGGCAGUUUGGGUUGGUGCAUCUCGGCUACUGGCUCAACAAGGACAAGGUGGCCAUCAAAACCAUUCAAGAAGGGGCUAUGUCGGAAGAGGACUUCAUAGAGGAAGCUGAAGUCAUGAUGAAACUCUCUCACCCCAAACUGGUGCAGCUGUAUGGGGUAUGCCUAGAGCAGGCCCCCAUCUGCCUGGUGUUUGAGUUCAUGGAGCACGGCUGCCUGUCGGAUUACCUGCGCAACCAGCGAGGACUCUUUGCUGCAGAAACCCUGCUGGGCAUGUGCCUGGACGUGUGUGAGGGCAUGGCCUACCUGGAAGAGGCGUGUGUCAUCCACAGAGACCUGGCUGCCAGAAAUUGUUUAGUGGGAGAAAACCAAGUCAUCAAGGUGUCCGACUUUGGGAUGACAAGGUUCGUUCUUGAUGACCAAUACACCAGUUCCACAGGCACCAAGUUCCCAGUGAAGUGGGCAUCACCGGAAGUCUUCUCCUUCAGUCGCUAUAGCAGCAAGUCAGAUGUGUGGUCAUUUGGUGUGCUGAUGUGGGAAGUCUUCAGUGAAGGCAAAAUCCCGUAUGAAAACCGAAGCAACUCAGAGGUGGUGGAAGAUAUCUCUACUGGAUUUCGCUUAUACAAGCCCCGGCUGGCCUCCUCAAAUAUCUACCAGAUCAUGAAUCAUUGCUGGAAAGAGAAACCAGAAGACCGGCCACCUUUCUGCAGACUCUUGAGUCAACUGGCUGAAAUUGCAGAAUCAGGACUUUAGCAGAGACUCAGCGCCAGGCCACGGGCUGCAGAUCCUGAAUGGGGGAAGCAGAUUCUCCAUUCAUAGAGCAUUAAAAGCUGCCACCAGCCCAGGACUCCCCAGAGGCAGCCGGCCUGUGGCGCCGGUCACUGAGCUGCCACGGAGGCAGCACCCUGGCAGGGGCUGGCACCCAGCCGCAGGCAGGAGGCUCAGCCGCUGAACUGGGAGUGAAGCCAGAGCAGCCGCGAUGUCUCUACCCUCCUUCCAGCCUCUUGUGUGUGGUGCACGAACCUCAAUCUGACAGCUUUCAGGCAACGUUUCUUGCACUUCUUAGAGAAAAGGAGAGAUGGGGUAGGGCUGUGGAUUAUUAUUUUUGUUAUUAUUUCAAACAUGAAAUAUAAAGUUUAUGGUCAAGGGUUUAUGAGAUCUAAAGCUUAUGGUCAAGGGAUUUUUACUUGACCUGACAACACAGAAUCCCAGGAUACGGAGCAAGAUAAAUGAGGAGUGUGACUCUUUUUCAAGGAGAACCGGCGAACUAAUUAAGGUCAGGAGGUGUAAACUCAGCCGCUGUGAUGUCGUCAGCCGCAGCCUCCUGCCGUAGAGGAUGAUGGAACUAAUGCUCACAUCUGAGGCCGGAUAAUCUAGAAGCAGCUUAAUGCAUGUUACUCAUCCAGCACAGUGCCACUUUCCUCCUUGAAGGGACACAAUGGACUGGGGUGAACGAUUUCUAUCUCAUGGCUGGGGCUGGCAUCUGGACAGAAAGAGGGCAUCAAACGAUGGAGAAACAAAUGGUACAGAGAAAGGCCUUGGGCUGUUAGUACUCCAACACCCACCUUUAGUACCAAGCUGGGCAGGUCACUGUGCCUUCCCUUCUGCACAGAAUGCUUCUGCAGGCAUCUUGGGAGAAGAUGUUUCUUCUGAACCCUGACUCCCACUGAGGACUCCACCACCAAUUUUUCUGGCCUCUAGGAUUAGUCCCCUCUGCACUGUUCCACCCUCAUCAGCAGAGGGCAGCAUUGUGUCGGGCAGUGUGGUCUUGCAGAGAAAUCCAAGCUUGUUUAGGCCCUAGAGGUUUGCAACUUCAAGGUUGAGGCUUCACGCCUCCUGAAAGUCUCUGAGAGGAACGAGGGGUCUAUUCUUGCUCAAACCAUCUGGAUAGAAACAGGCACUGAGUAGGGUGCUUUCAAGGCGCACAAGGCAGCCUACUGUUGAUUGAGCACUGAAAUCUGCACAGUGAACAUGUACUGAGCUACAAGCCUUAUCUGCAGAAUUUCAUUUCAUCCUGAGUUCACACCAACCCCAUGAGAAACUAUUCUUAUUCCCAUUUUACAGAUAAUCGAACUGAGGCUUUAAAAAGCCAAGACACCUCCCCAAAGUGACAGAGCUAGGAAGUGUAGAGGCUACAUCUGUCUGACACCAGUGCAGUUUCUUUAUUUCUAUUCAGCACUGUCUCCUACUGAUGAUAAAAGGGGUUGCAGAGAAGGAGAUAAAUAUAGCUGGGGGAAAGACCUAGAAAGCCAUUAAAGAAGUCAACACAGAAUGAUGUUUCUCCCACGUAGACCACUAUGGUUGGCCAUGUAAACCUCCAAGUUGGAAUAGGAUCUUCUUUUUCCUCAUCUGUAGCUUCACCUUUGUUAGAAUUAAUGACUUUGGAGUUGCUCAAUUAAUUAACCCUUUGAUUCACCCACCCCUCCAGAGUCAUGUUGCAGGAAGCCAUUUAUAGAUGAGCUUCAAAACAGCUUUGAAAGAUCCUCCUGCGGGUAUAUAAAUGCUUCCUUUAAUCAUCAUCUCAACUUUGAGUCAGCUGCACUCUUCUUGGACAUUUUGUGUUCACUGAUGUAAGAGAGAGUUCGUUUUCCUACAGCAUUCAGAUGAAACUUGUAGAGAGAUUAUUGGGUAGUGUAGUCAUUCACUCUUCUGUGUGAUAUUUUGACCAGCUAGAGAUGCAGAUGCAUAGCUUUUAACUGUAACUAUUGGUUUUUUUUUUAAUUUUUUAUGUUUAUUUUUGACAGAGAGACAGAGUGUGAGCGGGGAAGGGGCAGAAAGAGAAGGAGAUGCAGAAUCUGAAGCAGGCUUCAGGCUCUGAGCUGUCAGCACAGAGCCGGAUGUGGGGCUCGAACUCAUGGACUGUGAGAUCGUGACCUGAGCCAAAGUCGGACACUCAACCGACUGAGCCACCCAGGCGCCCCUCAACUAUAAUUAUUGUGAAACUGGUUGCCUCAAGAUAAAACUCUAUCAUUCAGAAGAUGACCUUACUCAACAUAUCCAAAAUCAUCUCUGUUUACUUUUUGGCCUUUUGUACAUUCUCUUGUGGAACCCUUAAUUAGAGAUGAUUUCUGGAACAUCCAGCCUAGAAGGAAAACAUCAAAAUUGACUGAUUUCUGUGGUCUGGUUUCAAAAAUUACCCCUUGCAUGGUAUUAUCUUGUUCACGCUCAGAUUUGCUGGGGCCUUAACUGAACAUUUGUCAAUAGUUCACUCCCCAGUGUCCUAUCCUGCAAAAGGGGCUUCCUGUCUCUCUUUUCCCCUCUCACAUGUUGAAAAUUGUACCGUGUGUUCACAAAAAAUUCCCUUAUACAAGGUUUUGGUUCUAGACGCAUUUUAUAGAUUUUGCAUUUUGUACCUUUUGAGACUAUUUAUAUUUAGAUGUAUUGAAUAUUUAUUAGUGUACAGUCCCUGCUAGUAUCCAUGAUAAAAAAUGUUACAAAUAUCUCUAACCAUUUAUAAAGCACACAUAGUUGAAGGUUGGGUCUAGCAAAUAAAGCUAUAUGUUUUAAUAAAUACAGUAUAUAUGGCCUGGGUUCCAUUUGCCCAAAUGUCAAACAACCACAAAUUUUCCUCAAAUAAAAAUGAUUACAUGGCUGUAUGUUCCACAA